AUGAGUGAAGAUUCUUCUGAAUUAUCUGAUUCCUCUUCUUGCUCGAGUUCCCAUAACGUGGAAACGGUGGCAGUGGAGGUUCAUGAGCAGGAGCCGCAACGGGCCAAGUCAAGUGCCCUGCCAACCACGCCUGCUCCUUGCCAAACACAGCGAAAACGGAAGCGUUCAGGCUCAAAGGAGCGCAGUGAAAAAAGGAGAAAACGUCUUGAAGAAACCAUACAUUAUUUGGCUCAACAAGUAAGUGGUAUACAAAAUUAUAUUGCGAACAGUAGCGUUGCUUUUCAACCUACAUGUCACUCUAGUGCUUACGUGCCUGACCAAGGACAAAACAUAGAUAUUAAUUCAGAUAUUAGUGCAGAUGUUAGUGGUGAACUAUAUACCCGUGAGAAUUGUACGCAGGAGCCAGUGCAGACUUCUGAAUUGCCCGUUAGUUUCAUUUUUUCUCUGAAUACUGUGUUAAAAGAACCAACAAUACAAAAGUCUUCUCAGGCUCGCGUAAAGUUAAUUAAUUCAAUACAACAUUUUGAUACUGAAGAUUGGAACAACGUACGCUAUGCAGAAGUGCAAAAGCAGUACUGUUCUGCUCCGGGUUUUACAUAUUUAGACACUAAUGAAGAAAUCAAAUCAUAUGAUAAAUAUUCAUCUCUUGCGCUUAUUGAGCGGGGUUUCGCUGCCAUUACACAGGCUCUUAUUAUGCAAAAUGAAGCCGCACAGAGCGCUUUUACAGCUUUAAUUGAGUGGGCAAGUUUCUCAGGUAAUAAUAUCACUGCUAAAUCACUGCAUGAAAAAGUGAAUGAAUUAUUUAUAAAAGGAAAUUUUCAAAAAAUUAGUAGCGAUGUUUUACAGUUAGCUUGUGGUCACAGAGCUGAAUUAGUACAACAAAGGCGUGAUAAUAUUUUGCGUUCAGUAAAAGAUAGUUUUUUGAAGUCAAGUUUACGUAAAAUCCCUCCCACUAGUGAGAAUCUUUUUAAUAAGGAAUCUUUCUCUACUGCUAUCGAAAAAUCUGGGGGUAUGUCUAAAGUUUUCUGGCCGCUCCGAGCGCCGACACAAAAUAAAGCUGCUGCGCAAGCACAGCCCCAUCAGCAGACUCAGGUCACACCUAGUCAUGCAAUGAGAAUGCCUAGUGCAGUUAAUUGUUACUAUCCUCAAUUUGAUUAUAUAAAUAGGCCACCUUUCCAAGGUGCCUGGAAUACUUUUAAUGUUAAUAGUCAAGGACGAGAUUACGUCCGCCCUACCUUUAGAUCAAAU